CCGUUCCACUGAUGCUGCCAAGCGAUUUCCAACGCCUCAUCCCUCUAGUGAACGAUAUCCGCAACUGCAUCAACCGUUGGUGUCCCGUACUGCUGAUUCUUCUCUCAGCAACCUGGGCCUCUUACGUGUACACGUCAACCCUGUGCCUGCGAGCGAUCUCGAGUCAUCAUCAACGCGCAAUAUACCUAGCCAUCUACCACGGUUUGCUCUUCAUGUGCACGUUUUCCUUCCUGCGGACCGUAUUCUCCCGUCCCUGGCCCGUGCCUCGCCAGUGUUACAUUCCUCCCGACGAAGCUAUCAAUGUCCGAGAUGCUUCUGAACCGCAGAAUAUUCUGGAGCGUCUUGCUGCGGAUCUGCCCAUAUCCUGCCGGGGCCUCAACGGCCAGGUGCAGUACUGUGACGUCUGCAGACUCCUUCGCCCAGAGAGGACGUACCACUGCAACCAGUGUGCCACUUGCGUUCCCCGCAUGGACCAUCACUGCAAGUGGCUCAACAACUGCGUCUCGUACAGCAACCACAAGUACUUCAUUCUCUUCUUGGCCUACGGCUUCGUCUUCGUCGCCUUUGUGGCUAUAACAGCGUGCGAGUAUUUUGUGCGCUUCUGGCACGUCGAGGAACAACAGAUAACAGAUCGUGUUCAGAUGGUGCUGCUGUUUCUCAUAACUAUCCCGCUCUUCGUAUGCGUUUCAUUCAUGCUUGGCUGCCACUGCAUCUUGCUUCACUCUCGUCGGACAACACUACAGGCGACGCACCAUACCCGUGGAAGCAGCCGUCCAUCUCCGUACGCUGUGCGUCGCCACAACUAUUUCAAGGAGGCUUUCGGUGAUCGCUGGUAUCUCUGGCUCAUUCCCAUAUUUAGCGGGAAAGAAGACGUCGACGUUGAAGAAACAAUUUUCCGUGGAUCUGAACAAGAAUUGACGCGGGAAGGCGAGAGGCUGCUGCAGCUAAGCCAGCAACAGAGCGAGACGCCACCCAGUGCCAGCGAUAGGAUGUUUUCAUCAUGUUGUUCAUCAUUUAGAGAUCGUUUUCCAACAAGGUGAACUGAUCUUAAAUAUUAAAAAAUCUGUUUGCA